AGCGUAUGAAGAUUGUAGUGCGUGCAUUAUGGCGACUAACCAAGGAAUUCACAAUGGCCGAAGAAAAUAACAGAUAUAUCCAUACACACAGCAAAAUGAAGACUGGAGAUAGUGUUUACCAUUCCUAGUUGGAUAUCGUUUGUUUCGAAAUCAAAAGAACUCCAUGUUAACCCAGUUUGUGACAUACACAAGCGGGAUGGUUUGACGGUCAUGACAUAUUUUGACAGGUUGUUUCGUGGAACUGGUUUAUUUUGUCGUGUUUCAGGGUUACUUCACGUUCAUUUAACAAACGGUUAAGUUAUUUAAGAGGACCAUUACAUUGUCUUACCAUCUACUCAUAUAAUAUCCGUGUUUAACUGUCAUUUACACAUACAAACAUCGUUUUAUAGACAUACCCUUCAGUUCAUAAUAUCGGCAGCCAUCUUGUUGUUAUUAUACCGUAAACGUCACGUAACCGAUUUAUUAGAUACUAGUCAGUAAGCCUUGGAACAUUAUAAUCUACAUUUUUAAUUGUUGAUUAAUAAUUUACAAACAGUGCCUGUUGUGUAAUAAAUAGCCUUCCUGUAAAGCCAAAGCUGUAUACACAAGCUUUAUAUUUGUGAACUAAAGUCUACAUGUACCAUUGGUGCGAGAAGGAUCAUGGAAAAGUAUGAGAAACUCACCAAAAUUGGGGAGGGUUCUUAUGGCGUGGUGUUCAAAUGCCGAAAUAAAGAGUCAGGCAUGACUGUGGCCAUCAAAAGAUUCGUGGAAUCGGAAGAGGACCCACUUAUUAAGAAGAUAGCAAUGCGAGAAAUCAGAAUGUUAAAGCAACUGAAACAUCCUAAUCUUGUAAAUCUGAUAGAGGUAUUCAGAAGAAAGAAACGUCUACAUCUAGUGUUUGAGUAUGUUGAUCACACGGUGCUACAUGAGCUUGAGAGAUCCCCCAGGGGCGUGAAUGAGGAUCUGGUAAAAAAGAUCGUAAGCCAGACUUUAGAAGCAGUCAAUUUCUGUCACAUUCGAAAUUGUAUACACAGAGAUGUCAAACCAGAAAACAUCUUGCUGUCUAUAGAAAAUAAAGUGAAACUGUGUGAUUUUGGCUUCGCUAGAGUUCUAACGGGACCAUCAGAUGAGUACACAGACUAUGUAGCAACAAGAUGGUACAGAGCCCCAGAACUUCUUGUAGGGGAUCCCAAAUACGGACCUCCCGUGGACGUGUGGGCCAUCGGCUGUGUUUUUGCCGAGCUACUCUCAGGACAGGCACUAUGGCCAGGAAAAUCAGAUCUAGACCAAAUCUUCCAGAUUAAAAAGACACUAGGGGACUUAAUAGCUUCACAAAAGUCUGCAUUUUCUUCAAAUAUAUUUUUCCAAGGACUGGAAAUUCCUAAUGUAGAGCCAGAGCAUUAUGUGCCCUUGGAAUUAAAAUUCCACAAGGUUUCUCCGAAUGCUCUUGAUUUCAUGAAGAAUUGUUUGAGGAUGGACCCUGCAGAUCGUAUGACAUGUGAGGAGCUGCUUAAACAUCCAUACAUGGGCGGUAUGACGUCGCUCCUUGACACCAGCCAACGAAAGAACGAGCGCAAGAAGCAGGUAUCUCGGACGAGCAAUCAUCAUGUGCCGUACUUUAGAAAUAAGAAAUGGAAACCCACAAAGGGGAAGGAUAACGAGUACUACAGGGAUGGUCAGGCGGACCAGCCUCCCUUGAAACCCUUCCGAUUAAGAGAGGAAGACACGCUGAAAGAAUGUGAGAAAUGGAAGUCUUCAUGGAAGGGGAAAGACGCCGAGUCUCAUAAAGAGACUGAGCAUUGGAAACAGUCCCGGCCUCGAGAAGAUGAUAUUCAAGGAGAUGUGGAGCGUCAUAUUUAUAAACCGGUACAUCGAUGGAAGCCCAUGAAGGUCAAAGACAAUGACUACCACAAAGAUAUGGAGAUCACUGGUAAGCCAGUCAAAUGGAAGGAGACAGAUAUACUUAAGGAGUCGGAGCCAUGGAAACAGGCCCGAAGCCGAGACAAUGAAACCCAGAAUGAUCAUGAGACAUGGAAACCAUCCAGAAACAGAGAUGAUGACACACAGUCACGAGAUAUAGAGUUGUCAUGGAAACCAGCAAAAAUUAAGGAGGGAGAAUUAAAGGAGCCUGAGACAAACUACAACAUGUUGCCGGUUCUGAACGCAACCAACAACACGUCUACCUCCCCUGCCCCAAAGGGGUACGUGGGGAAGAAAAACCCCAUCCACGACCAUCACCCUUCGAAGCAGGGUCACGACCACCACCACCACCACCUGCCGAACAUCUGACUUUACGGCCAAGGGGUAAUGCGUCAUGACAACUAAAUGUUAGUUGUCAUGACACAGAAUCCUGGAGGCCAAUCUUUUCAUUGUGUCGGGAGCAAUGGACAUGUUGUGUGCCUUUCACACCCUGUCUACUGCUUCUCACUCACACCUGUCAAAUGUCGUUAGACAGACCAUAAGCAAGGUUUACCCCGCAUCAACCAUGGUUUGCCCAAACAUGUAACUAUAUAUUGAAUUUUCCAUACACUCAAAUUGCUAGACUGGGGAAUUAAAUACGGUUGUAAAGAAUUUAAUUUUUAGCUCACCUGGACUGUUUUGUCAUGAUUUCUGAAAUAUCCAGGUGAGUGAUGCAGACCCCUUGAGCCUUUUGUUAAUUAACUAAAUAGGUAUGAUUUUUUUUGUUUAAUUAGACGAAAUGACAAAUUUUUAUUUAGGCUUUAAACAGAUAAAAAAAUAACAUGAUACCAGACAUUAAAAAGGCUGUUGUACAAUAUUUGAAUGUUAAUACAUUAGAAUCUCAUUAUGGAAAAUCUAUACUUGUUUCUCAAACCAUGGUUAAACAUUAAGAUUCAUUAUGGGCAAUUGCUAGAGGUAGAAAGGGCAUGUGUUUGUGUGAUUUUUCAGUCCCUGGUUAGUCUUGAUUAUCUUAAUUGAUUAACAGAUUUAAUCCUCACCAGUACAUACUAAUGUAACUGAUCUUAUUGUCAUUAGGGUUGGUAUGUAUGGUUUUAAUGCGUCUCGGUUGUUUUUUGUUGUUUUCACGUGACAUUUUUCAGUAACUGGGGUGGUUUAGUUUUUGUUUUGUCCUUAAUUGUUAGUUGGAUAGGCUUUAUAGUAUGGUAGAUGCUAUUGCUGAGAGAUUUGUGCGAGAGUGGGAUUGGAUUACAUAUGGUAGCAUUUUAAUCCACAAUGAGAGCUGAUGCGGGGAACCUACGAGAAUAUUUGUGUAUGCUUGCACUUAGAUAUAUCUGUUUUUUUGUCCUUUGUUCUCUGAUUAUAUCUCUAUAAGUAUAGCUAUUAGAAAAGUAUUUCAUAAUUUAAAUGGAUGAGAGUUUUUUUUCCCAAAUAUAUAUAUAUAUACAUACGUGAUCAAACUAUGUAAUUGGCUGGCAUAUUACAUAAUUCCAUCUUGGACACUUAAUUACUAUUUUGUUACAUGAAAAAUAAAAAAUAAACCAUUUAGCAAUAAAUUUAAAUACUGGUAUUAAUUGCCAUUGUGAAGAAUUUUUUCCUUUAUGAAGUGAUGAAUUAUUAUAAUACUUGUUUAUAUGAAAUUUUAAAGAAUAUUUCAGAAAAAAUACAAUGUAAAAAAAAAUAAGCCAGUCAAUUAAGUUAUGUAAAUGUGAUAUCCCCCUCCCCCAAUUAAAAUAAGAAUUUUUUUACAUAUAUAUCUUUGUUAUUUCUACAGAUCUGCCAUAAAAAGAACUUGCUAUUUUUUUCCACAGAGAAAUGCCAAGUUAUUGUAUUAUCUGUCUUGCGUAUAUGCUGUAGUGUAAGAGUUCGAUAGGAGCUCUCUUGUUUUGUGGCAUCAAGAGUGGAGGCACAUUAACAUGUGAAUGUAGAAUUCAAAAUUUAGCGCACAUCUGCUAAUACCCAGAAAAUUACAAGUUAUCAUAAAGAAUGCAUAUGAUAAAUUGUCCAAUUUCAUGACAAAGGAAAAACAAUUUUCGACUUUUAUUUUUGAAAUUUAUUAAAUAGAAUUACCUAGGUAUGAAAUUGUUUCCAGCGCAAGAAAUAUCCCUGUUACCAAAGUAAAAUAAGUAAGAUUUAUGUACACAAAGACGGUUUAUCUUUAACUAUGUGUUUGCUUUGUUCAUGCCAUUUCUUUUGCCUGUGUGUAGCUAGCAAUGUACUUAACAAGAAAUUCAAUUGUGUUUGUCUGGGCACCUCUCCAGAGUUUGUAUAUAUAUGCCUGAACACUCCUUGUCACUCCGUUGCUUCCGAAUAGCCUCUGAAAAUUUGCCUCCGAAAUUGUACAUUUGACCAUUGAAUUACAAUGUUGAGGUCAUGUAACAUUGUAGUUUCUGGAUUUUUUUUAAUUGUUAUAUUUUUGUGUUACACAAAAGUACCUCCCAUCAUAUAUUUGUUGGCAAUCAGGAAUACGACUUGACAUUUAUCUAAAAGCCAUGCCUGGUAUUGUGUAAAAUGUUAAGGCUCGAAAUUUGAUGAUCUACAUUAGAUCAGGGUCACAUCACUCAUCUAUUAAGAAUCAAAUGUUGAUUUAUUUUCAUUCCAAAAUAAUCCUCUGAAUUGUAGUUUUACAACAUAAGAAUGGUGACCUUGUAAACUGACAUGUAUUGUGACAUUGGAGUGUUUUAUCUGUCUCAGGUAAGGGUUAAAAUAUUGAUGGGAAACAUGGGUUCCUGUGGGACAAAGCAUGAAAGCUUUUCUCGCAUUUAACAAGUCAUAGUGCUUCUUUUGAGCGAAAUUUAAAAGAAAUGUUGUUAUUGAUCCAAGUCAUGCUUAUGAGUUUUGUGGAACAGAGAGAACUCUCUGAUAUAUAUUACACUGGAACAUUGAUUGUGAUGUCUUCAAAAUGAAAAAAAAAAAGUAUUAAUAAGCCAUGAUCCUCUGCCAGAUUCUUUGAUAUAUAUGUGAAUAUGGUUUGUGGAGCCUGAUAUUUUGUCAGUUGGACAAGGUUUUGUGAUCCUUGUGUUUAAAUAUGUACGAAUCAUGUUGAAAUAGUUAUAUUAUGUUAAAGCUUUAAAAUGUAUCUUUGACUAUAUAUGAUAUAAGGACAUUAGGUAGAGCGAUGCCAUCUUGUGUCACAUGUUUGUUUUGUGUACCACAUGUUGUAAAAGAAUAUUUUGGUCUUGCAAGUCAUCAUGCAACAAGUUGGUAUAUGUAUAUACUUAAUGUAUAUUUUAUGUUGAUCAAUUUAGUUGUGCUAAUUCACAUUUCGCAUGAUUUUCUGAUUGAUGUCUUUUUUUCCUUUUUGAUAAGAUAGGUUAGAAUUAAAUGAAUAUUUUAUUAAUGAAUUAACCGGUAGUUUAGGAUGUAAUUAGUAACCAUUAUUUAGUCUCCAUCAUGGCAUUUUACAUUCUUUUGAAGUACAUGACUUAAAUAAAUGAACAUAAUGGGAAAAUAUUUUCAAAAAAGCUUUAUUUUGUGCAAAAAUAGUCACAUCUUAAAUAGUUUUUAUCAUAGCUUUUCAUUGAAGAUUAUUUGAAGUUUGAUUUGAAAUGGAACAUUAAAAAAUCUCUUUUUUUCCCCACUCUCUAUAAUCACUCAUAAAUGUUGAGUUGUUUGUUGCAACAUCUUUUAUAUAAAUACAUCAUGAUAAAUUAUUACAUCUGGACUUUAUUUUAUGAUAUCUAUAUUAAUGCAAAAUAUAAAAUUAAUAUUUUAAGUGACAUUUUCUCACUUGUAACACGAUAUGUUGAUUAAUGCAGAAUGUUGCAGUGACCGGCAAAAAAGGUGUCACAGGGAACUGAGUGAUAAAACUGUUGGAUUUUGUUGUAUUUUACUAAAUUACUGAUAAUCAAAAUGGUUUUUACCUGUUGCAUUUUAUGUCUGAUUGGUGGACAGUAGUUUUAUUUGUUGUUUCUGUGUUAUAUGUGGUGAUGUCUAUUAUCCUUGGAAAACAAAGUCUUAUCCUACCUUUUUUCCUUCUUUGAUUUCUACCAACAGGACAACCAUGUAUUCAUGUGCCUUGAAUGUGCCUAUUCCAGCACUUGGUCAAAUUUUAACGGCUGGUAUGUAAUUGUCAUUUAGUGAAUUCAACAUUUAGAUAGAAGAAAGGGAAAAAAUUGCUUUGAUGUUAGAUAGAUCAGAAUCUGUGUUGACUAUAUGUUUGUAACUUAUGAUAAUGAAUCAAUUCAGAUUUGAUGAUUAUCAAUUAAGAUCAUGUUACUUAAACGAGCCGUACAAGUUGAUUAUAUUUCUAAAUUAUGGUGAUUUCUACACUCAUUUGUGCUUUUCCAAGAAUUAUCAUUCCGUCCUAACAAUCAUUAGAGCAUAUUGAACAUUUAAAUUUGGUUACGGGAACAAAGGUUGUCUAAAAUAGGAUUUGCCUUUUGUUACAUUUGAUUCACACAUUUGUCACCUAUAGGUAAAAAGGCGAGCCAGUGUGGUACCGCACUGUGGGACCUGAAAAGUUUGUGUUGAUUCUCACAGAAAGUGUAGAUUCAUUCAGUAGAGAAGUCAAAAUAAGUUUAUGUUAUUCAUUUAUUCAUCUCAUAAUAAAUUAACAGUAGAAGGGACGCUGUGUUUUAACCAGACCCCUUCAUGUCUCCACAUAUAGCAAAUUGUGUUAUACAAUGGCUCAUGAUUGUAAAUCCUCAAGUCCUUGGACUUUUUUUUUUGUUAGAAACUUCAAUAUUAUAAACUGCUUUAUUUAUUAACAAUAUUCAUAAUCCUAUGCAGUAAUGAUUUAUGGCUCAGUAAAUAUCUGCAUAUCAUAAUUAAUAGUUGUCUUGCAUGUUUUAAGCUUAGCAUAAAUUUACAAAACAGAUUUGAUUUAAUAAUUCUUCUAAAUUUUUAUCAAUGAAUUUUAUAAAGCUUUUUAAAAAACUUUGUAUCUAAACUUAAAUUUGAAAAAGAAAUAUUAAGUGAUUGCUGUUUUAUUUUUCUGUUUUUAAAUGUUUUGGUUUCGAUGGUCAUUUAUUACCUUGCUAUGGUGUAGAGUUGAUUCACUGUAUACCUUACAAGUAGAUACUAAAUUAUUUUGGAUAUUCAUACAGAACCUCAGCUGUAGUACUGUAAAUUUGUGUUUUCCAAGGUAGAAAGGGAUUGUUUACUGUCUUUUUUUUUUUCAGAAGUCAAAUACUUCAAAGUAAUAAUCCAUGUCAAAUUUAAAUUGUUAUUUGUAUUUAGAAAUAAAUGUUAUCAAUGAAA